GAAGUUGUAAAGCAGUAAGAAGAAAGCAUUUCAAUUUGGAACAAUAUUUUUUGCAACUGGAAAUGGGGAAUGAACUGUCAGACCAGACUUCUAUCCUGUCCAGCCUGCCUUCAUUUCAGUCCUAUCACAUUGUUAUUCUGGGUUUAGACUGUGCUGGAAAGACAACUGUAUUAUACAGGCUGCGGUUCAAUAAAUUUGUAAGUACCAUACCUACCAAAGGAUUUAACACCAAAAAAAUUAAGGUAACCUUGGGAAUUUCUAAAACAGUCACUUUUCACUUCUGGGAUGUAGGCCAGGAGGAAUUAAGACCACUGUGGAAGUCAUACACCAGAUGGACAGAUGGCAUUGUGUUUGAUGUGGACUCUGUUGAUGUUGAAAUGAUGGAAGAAGUGAAAACUGAACAUCAUAAAAUAACUAGGAUAUCAGAAAAUCAAGGAUUCCCUGUACUUAUAGUUGUUCACAAACAAGACCUAAGGAACUCAUUUCUCUCAGAAAUAGAGAAAUUGUUAGCAAUGGGUGAACUGAGCUCAUCAACUCCCUGGCAUUUGCAGCCCACCUAUGCAUUCCUAGGAGAUGGACUAAAGGAAGAACUUGAGAAACUACAUGAUAUGAUAAUUAAAAGAAGAAAAACGUUGUGGCAACAGAAAAAGAAAAGAUGA